CUUUCACAAAGAGAACAUCAGUGCAGAAAAUGUGCACCUAAACUGCCAUAUCAUUGCCCUGAGCUAACCCAGCACCAAUGUCUUCCAUUGCCUCUGACCUGUAGUUUUUGUGGUUUUUUUAAAGCAUGGAGGAGACACGCAGUGCCGAUAGAAGAAGAGAACGUGGUUCUGGAUCCAGACACAGCCCACUGUGAGCUUGUCGUGUCUGACAGUGGCAAAAGUGUGAAACACAGUGACACACCACAGGACAGCCCUUACAACCCCAAGAGAUUUAACCUGCGGACCUGCGUUCUGGGCCAUGACGGCUUCUCCUCAGGGAGACACUACUGGGAGGUGGAGGUGGCUUAUGCAGGAGAAUGGGUCGUCGGGAUUUUUGGAGAAAAUGUGGAAAGGAAGGGUGAUAUUGAGUUUAAACCAGAGAAAGGCAUCUGGGCAGUGGGGAAACGGGCAGUAUUUUUGAAAGCUUUCACCUCCCCUCGUCAUACUCUGUUUCCUGAAAUCAAGGCUCCCAGGCGGAUCCGGGUCUCUCUGGAUUAUGAAGGGGGACGGGUCUCAUUUUUCAGUGUUGAUGAGGGCAUUCACAUCUACACAUUUUCACAGGCAUCAUUUGGGGGCAAAAAAGUCUACCCUUGGUUCUGGGUGGGUCCUGAGACAUGUCUGAAAAUAUGGCCCUGAUGAAGAGGAGGCAGUAAGAGAAGGAUUUCCAAGGGCAGAGAUCUCGUUACCUCUCUGGACCUCUCUUCCAUGCUGCAUCUCUCUAAGAUCUUUCUCUGAGGCCAGACAGGCUGUUCUGGUUCCAGUGCAGAUCAGUGGGAGAGGCCAUGGCCAAGAUGAUACCAUCCCACAUCAUUUCCAGGUGUGUGGAAAAGGGACUUUCUCUCUUGCUUCUGAGGGCAAGGGUUCCUUAAGCAUGGAGGUUGGAACCAUUGUUCCAUUGUCUCAGGCUCUGUGAGCAUUUGGCAUGUAAAUCACCCUCUCUUUGUACACUCUUCUUAUCAGUAUUGUUGCUGUUUCUGUUCCUUAUGAUAUCAUUGCUGUUUCCAGUGAAUUGUUCUUUUCUCAACCCACGAUCUUUGCCUUUUGUGCUUUCAACCAGAGGUUGAGCAGCAUCUGCUUUGGGAGAGUCUGGGUAGGAGCUCUUAACUGGGGAGUACCAUUCCUAAAACAUGACACAUGCUUUCACACCAGAUCCCCCAUUCAAUUGAGAUCCAGCAGGCAUGGACCUUCCAAAGGAAGGCUUCACCCAAACAGAACUGGUAAGGAGGGAAACUUCAGUACAGGUGGUGGGUUUAUUGCCUGAAAUCAGCUCUUUAAAGAAACCUCUAAGACCAAAUUUGUGAAUUUUAGAAGCCAAGAAUUCUUUUAUUCCAGCACACUGGAAUGACUUCAGCAUGUCGGGUGCCCUGGGAAUCAGUUCCCAAAGUGCACACCGAGGUAUCCUCACUACAGCUGACAUGGCAGCAUUACAGGAUUAUUCAUUUUUUCUCCCCCACAUUCCUGUUACAUUUUCAUGACAUUUCUGAACACUUAUUAACUGGUUUCUUUAAUUCAAAGCACCCUAAUUUUCUAUGGUACCUUCUUGUCAUGGUUUUGCUGGUUCUUGGGAACUGGGCAGGAAUUUUUCCCUUCCCCCUGCCUAUGGUGUGCAGGGCUGUUAGGUUGGCACUUAGGGAGCACAAAUGAAGCGGCUUUCUGGUUAAUGGCUCAGAAUCUCAUCUCCUGGGAAAUGGGGGGUGAGGAGCUCCUUUUUAUUUUUCUUUUUCUUUUUCUUCCUGAGAAAUGGCGGGAGGAGUUGGGGCUUGCUGUGAAGGCUGGAACAAGGUCAGAGUGAGAGCUCGGUGGGGUUUUGUUCUCAGCCUGGUUGCCAGCUGUGGAUCUUGCUCAGAUUUUUUCAUCAAAGAGAAAGUGUUUGGGAGUUCUUUUUUUUUUUUUUUUUUUUUCCUUUUCCCCUUCCCUGUUCCCAUUUGUUUCUUCCUUAGCACUGGUUCUUGUGCACAUCAAAGGGAGAAGGAAAACUAUAUCGCACGAUUCGACCAGCCAAACAGAGUGAGAUUUUUCCCACUUUGUUGUUGUUGUUGUUUCUCCCCUCUCUCUCUCUCCCCUUUUCCCAGUGUGUGUGGGGGAAGGGGAACCCAUUUUUUCUUUGGUUCCUCCAACGCACCCCGGAGGGUGUUACCCCUGGUGUCAACGACCAGUGAUCCCACAGCGCCCCCUGCUGGACGGCAAAGAGAACGGCAGGCUCUGCAUCUCCAGUGACCCAACAGCGCCCCCUGGUGACUGUGGUUAGAAUUGUACCAAAGGGCUCAAACUGAACUAUUUACUUUUUUUCCCUUUCUGCGUUUCUUGGUUUGGUUUGAAGGGGAUUAUUUGUGGGUACAGGAGUAUUGUUUGGUUGUUUUACUUGUUUUCUUUCAAUGUUUCUGCCAAUACACAUAUAUCUUUCAAUAAAGGACUGUUAUUUUUCCUCUUUCCACAAUUUUUUUCCCCUCAGUCAGAACCUCUCAAUUUUGGAUUUACAAUUGCUUAGAGGGAGGAGUUUGGGUCUUCCUCAUAACUCCUCCUUGCAAAACCUGUGUCUCACUUUUUAAACUGAGUCACUUCUGCUGCAAAAACUAUUAGUUCUUGUUACAUCUCUAAACCCCAAUAUCACGUUGCAACAAGUGCCCAGACCCUCCUCCUGCAGAAAAGGUGUGCACAGGUUGAUGACCUGUUCUGUCAGGAGCAGGGAAUAGUUAAAGGCUGUGCAGUAUUAGAGGAGCUGAGGGGGAUGUAGGGAGGUGGAUUUAGAACCAUGUUCCUGGGACCGUCACCACUGAGAACAAGGCGCCUCAGAUCUGGUGACCCACAAAAGCAGAACUCUGCUUCAGUCUCCACCCUUCAGCAUCACCACCAAACCCAGAAUCAACACCCGAACAGCUGCAGACACCCAUGAGCAAGGUCUACCAGCAGAAACUGCAGCAGCACAACACAGCAGACACCAUAAAAGAAACAAUGAGUGCUUGUAGUGAGGGGCUCUGUGAAGGGACACUGAGACACUCAUCUGCCAGCCCUGCAGGGAGUCACCAGAGCUAUCCCCCCUUCUGGCAGCUCAGGUCUGAGAUGUUGCUGAGCGGGUGCCACAAGCUGUCAAGAGCACAGACUGCUCUCCACUGCUGCUUUUCCAUGUGGCACAAAUGACACACAAGCCAGAACCUGGGCAGAUUCAAGGGAGAUUACAAAGCCCUGGUGGUGCAAGUGAACAAUAUCGAUGUCCAAGUUAUCUUUUCCUCCAUUUUAACUGUUUGAAGAAAGGGGCCAGCCAGAAAUAGAUGUAAAAAGCAAAUCAACCUCUGGCUUUGUGGCUGGUGCUGUCAGGAGGGUUUGGAUUUUUAUGACAACCGGACACUCUUGGAUGACUACAAUCUGUUAGGGAGGCAUGGGAUCCACUGCCUAGAAGAAGCCAGGGAACCUUUGGCAGCAGGAUCACCAACUUGGAGAGUUGGGCUUUAAAUGGAAGGACUUGGGGGCUCAGGAUCCAAAGGGACCUUGCUUCCUCUUUUGCAUCCAGCUGGGAAUAACCCAGGACACCCAGAGCAGUGACAAAUGUUCCCUACAGGUCUCCCAAGAUGAGAACAGAAGGCCAAGCCCCUCAGGGAUGUGUAUGGCUGUGUGGCAUCCUCUUGCACCCCUCCUGGGAAACCUGCCUGCUCCAUUAGCCCUGAACUGCCUGCAGAACAACACACAGAGCUUGGGGAAUGAGCUUG